UGAGAAAUGCAUGUGUCCACAAAUAUCAAAAUGGUAGAGCCCAGCAAGACUUUUAAGUCUCCUCCUGAGAGUUAAAGAAGCUCCUCUGCCUGUCUCUGCGUGCUAUUGCUGUCUUGUUUUGCAAAUCUGCAUUCAUCAUCUCCUUCUCCUUCUACCUACGAGAGAAGCUCUGUGCCUGGUUUAGACAAGGAAACUAAGAUGGCAGUAGAACCUGUGCUUACUUUCGCGACCGAGGGAAUACUGACGAAGCUGACUUCCCUUGUUUCUCACGAAAUCAGUCUUGCCUGGGGAUUCAAAGCUGAACUAGGGAAGCUCAAUGAAUCCUUAUCCAUCCUUCAAGAUUUCUUAGGAGGUGCUGCUGAGAAGGCACAAGAUGGUGGCAAGCCAGUGGAAGGCUGGGUGAAGAAACUUAAAGACAUAGCUGAUGAGGCUGAUGAUGUCUUGGAAGAAAUCAACUAUGAAUUUCUCCGGAGACGAGUAGAACUGCAUAACCAUAUGGGAAAAAAGGUGCUCAACUUCCUUUCUGCCUCCAAUCCCAUUUUGUUUCGACAAAAAAUGGGACAUAGAAUUAGAAAAAUCAGCGCUUCUCUGGCGGACCUCAAGAGCGAAGCAUCUUACAUCGGAUUAAUUGCAAAGAAAAAAGAUGCAACCCCUCAAAGAAUUAGAGAGGACCGAGAAACCAACGCAUUCAUUAGUAAAGAUGAAAUCAUCAUUGGAAGGAAGGACGUUGUGUCAGACAUAGUUACAACAUUGACCAACUCCAACAUGAAUCAAGAAAAUCUGUCGGUUAUGGCGAUUGCGGGAAUGCCAGGACUGGGAAAGACAACUUUGGCCAAGUCAGUGUACAAUGAGGGUGCUAUCGAUGUGUAUUUCAACAAAAAAUUGUGGGUGUGUGUAUCAAACACUUUCAACGUCAAUUCAAUUUUAACUGCGAUGUUAGAAUUACUCUCAGGAAAGGUAGCGACGACAAGUCAGCAAGCAUUGCUUACAAACCUCCGAGAAGAGUUGUCGGGAAAAAGGUAUUUUCUUGUACUUGAUGAUGUUUGGAAUGAAGAGUCUGAGAAAUGGGAAAGGUUGAAGAGCUGUUUGUCAAAGUUGAAUUCUGCUCCAGGAAGCAAAAUUAUUGUCACUACCCGCAGUGGCAUAGUUGCAUCACUCACAGAAACACUUCCGCGACCUAAAUUGGACCUUCUAUCAACAGAUGAAUGCUGGUCCAUAUUGAAACAUGCAGCUUGCUCAGAUGGUAGUUCUGAUAUAGAGAGAAUUGGACGGGAGAUUGCUAAAAAUUGUGAAGGUCUACCAUUGAUGGCACAGGUUUUGGGAGGCAUUUUGCACUCUAAAAAGACUCCUGCUGAAUGGUCUGAAGUCAAAGACAAUAGAAUAUGGGACUUACCAAAGACAGAAGAUAGAAUCAUGUCAGUCUUGAAGUUGAGUUUCGAUAAUUUGGAAUCACCAGCACUGAAGCAAUGUUUUUCAUAUUGCUCAGCGUUCAUGAAAGAUGAUGAGAUGGAACGAGAUGACUUGAUUCAACUUUGGAUGGCUGAAGGAUUCCUCCGUCCUCCUGAGAUGGAGGAUAUAGAACGUGUAUCCGAAUCUGGAAGCAUGAUGCGAGACUUCCACAAGAUUGAAGAUGUUGCAACUCCAAUUAUAGAAAGAAUUCCAGAAGGUAGUAGUGGGAAAUUGAGAACAUUGUUUUCGAAUGUUGAAGCACUACCUGGAAACAUGUUGCCAUGGUUUAAAGCUUUACGUGUCUUAAAAUUAUAUGGGGCACAUAUUAAGGAGCUUCCAAUUUCAAUCGGAAAGCUUAAACACUUGAGGUAUCUUGACAUUUCCCGAACAGGAAUCAAGAGACUCCCAAAUUCUAUUGGCAAACUAUACAACCUACAGACAUUAAGAGCAGCAAACUCCCACCUUGAAGAAUUUCCAAAAGACGUGAAAAACUUGAUCAACUUGAGACAUGUUUAUUGGGAUAAGGUUACGAAAUUUCCAGUUGGGGUCCUAGGGAAAUUGACUACCCUUCAAACAUUAUCUCCCUUUUAUGUGGAUAAGGAGAUGGGACGCGGAAUGGAGGAGCUGGCUGCCUUGAAUCAAUUGAAAGGUGAACUCAAUAUUUAUAAUCUGGAAAAGGUAAGCAAUGGAGAUGAAGCAAGGAAAGCUAAAUUAGAGGAGAAGAAAAAUGUACGCUUGUUGGCAUUGAUAUGGUCAGAAGAUAGGUCAAUAAUCAACAAUAAUAAUGAUGAGGAUGUACUAGAAGGCCUCCAACCACAUUUGAAGUUGGAAACACUAGGUAUUGGGUUUUUCAUGGGUGCUAAAUUUCCAUCAUGGAUGAUUAAGCUUGACAAUUUAAAGAAGAUUUUCUUCCGUUGGUGCAAGAAAUGUGAAAAAUUCCCGACACUCAGCCAUCUACCGCAUCUUACAAUUGUUGGGAUUGCUGGAAUGCAUAAUCUAAAACGUAUUGGAGAAGAGAUUUAUGGAAAUGACGUAUUUCCAGCACUGAAAGAAUUACGCAUUUGUUAUUGCGAGGAGCUAAUUGAAUGGAUGGAAGCACUAGGAAAAGUCAUGGUGUUUCCUUGCCUGGAGAAGCUGGAGAUCGAGGGUUGUCCCAACCUAAGAAAGGUUCCUAGUCAUUUUUCAUCUCUGAAGAAGUUGAAGAUACAAGAUAAUGAGGAGCUUAAUGUCUGCCUAAAGGGAUGUUGUUGAAGAUAGAACGUAUGAAGAUAAGAGAUUGUGAGAAGUUAACUUGUAUUGCACCCGAUGUCUUUGGUUGUUGUGCAUCUCUUCAAAAGUUGUCUGUACACGAGUGCCCUAGUCUACAAUCUAUUCCAGAUUUGCAUAGCUUCCUAUCCCUCCAUAAAUUGAGAAUUCAAUAUUGUGAUAGAUUAGAAAGUUUGGUGAGUAGUGGGCUUGUCUCUGUUGUGAAGUUGAGAAUAGAUCAUUGCAAUGGUCUACAAUCUAUUCCAGCUUUAAACCUCUUCACAUCCCUCCGUGAAUUGAGCAUUGAAUAUUGUGAGAGAUUAGAAAGUUUGGUGAGCAGUGGGCCUGUCUAUGUUGUGGAGUUGCUGCAUAUAAGAGAUUGUAGUGGUCUACAAUUUAUUCCAGAUUUAAACCUCUUCACAUCCCUCCAUGAAUUGAGUAUUGAAAAAUGUGAGAGAUUAGAAAGUUUGGUGAGUAGUGGCCUACAACUGCCCGCCUCUCUUGUGAAGUUGGAAAUAAGAAAUGCCUCUAAUUUAGAGAGUCUUCCAAGUUUAGACAACCUCACAUCUCUCUCUGAGUUGGUGAUUGUUAAUUGUGGAAAAUUAAAAUAUCUGCCCACAAGGAUACACUGCUGCGCUAGUUUGAAGAUAUUGGAACUUGGUGGGUUCUGGAAGGAGCUCGAUUCCUUCCCUGAUUUCCAUCUUCUUGGAACAUCACAACUUCAAAGAUUAGUUUUGACCGGGUGGCCCAAGCUCAAGUCUCUGCCUCACCAAAUUCAACACUUCACGUCUAUAACAUAUUUGUGGAUAGACCGUUUCGAUGGAGUGGAGGCUCUUGAGGAUUGGUUGGGUAACCUUACAUCUCUUAUGACGCUAAAGAUUCGCUUUUGCAAGAAGCUCAUGAAUCUACCUAGUGUCACAGCUAUGCAACGCCUCACCAAAUUACAAACCCUACAAAUUCAGGAAUGUCCCUUUCUGAAGGAAAGAUGCACAAAGGAUAGCGGCCCAGAAUGGCCCAAGAUUUCUCACAUUCCACAGCAGUGCCCAGGAUUUCUCACACUCCACAGCAUUCAUGGAAAUUUGCUAGAAAAGAGAGAUUGACUCUACGCGUACAAUGAAUUCGUAAUGGCUCCAACUUUGA